AUGAAGAGUGCUAUUUCCCCGUUUAAAAGAAAAAGCCACAGUAGGGAAUCAUCUCAAGAUACACAUUACCAUAGUACAAGACAGUCCCAACAUUCGUCAACGUUACAUAAGAGAACCAUCUCUGGUUCGAGUGUAUCCAAUACGCAUAAAAGAAACAUUUCAAGAUCUUCAAAUUCUUCGCAGGGUUCCAAUUUUUUGGCUGAACAGUAUGACAGAGAUAGAAGGGCCAUUAUUUUCUCCUGCUUCAACAAACUGGAUCCAAAAACAAAUAACCAUGCUAACGUACACCAACCUAACAACUAUAUGACCCAUGUCAGAAUCAUUGAGGACGCCAAAUAUCCAAGUUCGAGACCCGGUCCUGAUUCUAAAUUGGAAUACAAGAAGAAAAGAAUCUUGAUUCUAAGCUCUUUGGCAGAGCCACCUUACACUGUCUUCUUACAUAAGGCUCGUGAAAACCAGGAUGGUUCUUUCCAAAUUGGCAGAACUUGGAAUUUCCAUGAUUUAACAAGGAUCGAAAGAGAUACCGAGAUACCUGAGGGUUUUCUUUUAACAAUAAGUAAAAGAUAUUAUUGGCAGACUAAUUCAUCAAAAGAAAGAACUGUUUUUAUUAAAAGCUUGGUCAAGAUCUUUUCACAGACUUUCGAUGGCCAUGUCCCAGAAUUGAUCAAUUGGGAUCUAAGUAUGUUCUAUUUAGACGAAAAAAGCUACCAAAGAGCUGUCAUACAUCAAAACAAAAAAACUCAACCAACUCCAACUCCAAACCAAUCUUCCUCACAUCCUGAACCUCAACUUCGACCUCAAACUCAAAACCAACCACAAAUUUUAACAAAUUCAAACCAUACUCCAAAUGUUGAAAACACAAAGACACUAAAUAAGAAUGAUACUCUACCUCCUACCGACUACAAUCUAAGUGCAAAUGUUCCAAAUGAAGAAACAAAUACGCCGAAUUAUAAAUCUUUAAAUAGAAGCCCAUAUACUAAACACUCUACUUUAAAUGAAGUCAGUCGUAGUUUUAAUAAUUCAUCUAUAAAUGCAAAUUCAUCAAACAUUCAACCUAACAACAACAGCAAUAUUAAUAAUGACAAUGAUUUAUAUGAAUUUAAUCAAUCAAACCAAGAUCAUCCAUAUCAUGCCAUGAAAAAAUCCUACUCCCAAGAAAAUCAAGGUUUUAAUGAAACUAUAGAUGUGUACCAAACUCCAAGACAGGAGGAUAAUUAUUUGCAAAAUACUAUCCCUUACAAAAAUAUUGACACUGAACCGUUACAGCUAGACAAUAAUACAGACCAUUUUGAUACAGUUAUAACCACAACUACAAACAAUAAUGAUAGGAUUAAAGACUCAACAGUUCCAAAUAGAAUUAAUGAUCAUCUAAUGGAAGAUCUAAAUGCAAUGUUAAACAUUGAUAAUCAUAAUCCAGCUGACCUUAAAAAACCCAUAUCCGAUGAAAUGUCAAGAUCAGGAUUCACUAAAGAUUCUAGUCAAGAAAUUUAUAUAACCCCAGGUAACGAUUUUUUAAAUACUACCACCACUACUACUAAUAAUAAUGAUAAUAAUACUGAUAAUGAUAAUGACGAACUCGAUUUCAAUGAAGCACCAAGAUCUGUCCUUAAUAAUGAUAAUAAAAAAACUCAAUUGUUAUUUUCAGAUGCUAAUCCAAAUGAGCCAUAUGCAACCCCAAUAUCUGACCCUAGUGACACAGAAUCAGUUAACCAAAGACGAUUUAGAAUCACUAAUGAUGACAGUAUAAUUAAUGAUGAUGAUAAAGAUUUGACAAAUGAAAAUAUUAACAAUGACCUUUCAUUUGAAACAGGUGAUGAAAUUAGAUAUAGCCAAACAUUUGAACAACCAGUUCUCUCUCCCCACCAAUAUCAUGAAGUCACCACUAUUCAGGAAGAAGAUCAUCAAUCUUUAUCUGAAGUGGCAGAUGAAUCCCUAGAAUCCGAGGCACCCACUGUUAGGAAACAAAGAUUACAAAAAGUCGAUAUUACAGAUGAAAUACUAUUAGAAGCCUUGACUGACGUGAAUUGGACUGUUAAUGAUGAUGCAGAUCAAUUACUUGCAAGAUUGAAUGCUAAGCUUGUCGAGACUGAACACAUUUUCAAUAAGGAUCUUCUAAAAUUACAACAAAUGGACCAAUUUUUGGAAUCAUAUGAAAUAAAUAUUGAACAAGAGUGUGCUAAAAUGAACCCACCUCUCUCCAUGUUUUUAAUGGAUUUAAAUAACUUAGCACAAGACAUAGACUUUGUAGAAAGGCAAGAUAAUGGAUUACAAGUCGAAAGCGCUAAUAAAAAACUUUUAUGGUCUACUUUGUCCGAUUUAUUAAAUACAGUAUCUCUAGAUGAAACCACUCUAAAAGAACUCUUAAAGUGUCCAAUUCGUGAAAGAAACCUUCCAUGGAUGGAGACUCAGUUGAGUUCAUUAUCAAAGGCUCUGAAAGCAAUCAAUGGUAGGAACAAAGAUGAUGAUAACGAAGAUGAAAACGAUUUAAGAAAUAUGGAAGCCAUGAAGAAAAGACACAUAUAUUAUGAAAAGGUCACUGAAUUAUUUUUAGCAAGGUUAGUAGACGAAAUGGGCACCUUAUUUUCUAGCAUCAACAGUGAUAGUACCAAUGAACAAUUAGUAAGUACAUUACAAAGACUGUUAGUGUAUGCACCAUUAAUAUGCUUCUGUAAAGAAAUAUCCUCUGAGUCGUAUCAUACUAUAGUAAAGACAUGGAACCAAAAUAUCCAAUUAAUAUAUAAUAAAUUAUGGUCUAGAACAUUUAAACAAGUGUCAAAUAAGUCGCAAAAUAAUUUGGUUUCGGAGAAGUCCGUUACACAACAGAGGAAUCUUGAAAUUUUAUUAUCACAAUGGCAACAUUUUAAAAAGACAAGAGAAUUUUCUGUUGAUGAUCCUGUAUAUUCCCCUUUUUUAUCAAAUUUGAUAGAAGUCUUGAAUUUUAUUCAAGAACAAUGCAUCAUUUAUCAAAAUUUUGUCAUUUCAUUUUUCCAUAUUAAAUCACAUUUGUCAUUUUCUGAAUAUGUUGCUGAAUAUAGUGACCCUAGCAUGAGAGUUGUUUCUUUAGACAAAAUCAAUCACAUGGAUUCUGAUAGACAGUCUGCUUCAACAACCAUGAACAUGGUUUCUAAGGUAUUUCAACCAAUUAUUUCUGAAUUUAGUUCACUACUAAAUGACCUAGUUAAAGUUAGUAGUGGUAUUCAGCCUUGUAUUAUGCUUCUUUUAGAGGAAAGAAUAAAAACAUUGGAAUCAUCAAAUCAGGAAUUCUUAUAUACAGCAUUUAAAAAAUUAUUUGUCCAAAGUCAAAAUUUAUGGAUAGACAAUAUAAAUUCGCAAUUGUUGACAUUUGAAAGAAUUGUUCCUGCUGAUUUCCAUAAAGAACUAUUAUCACCAGUGUUCAAUUUCCCAAUAUUAGUCAACAGUAUUAAUGAUUCUUUAUUAUGGAUAAUUUCCAAAACUUCAAAUAUGAAAUACAUUGAAUCCGAAACAUAUAGAAUACUGACUAACUCUUAUGUUGAUAUAUUAUCUACGAUAGUCAAAUUAUUAGGCGAAAAACCAAUGUCUGAAAAGCAUUCCUCUGUGCGUAAACAUUUGUUAGAUGAUUCAACAUUGGUAGAAACACUUACAUUGCUAACAAAUUAUAAUUGGCUUAUUGAAUUACUAACUAUGUUAAAUGCCAAAUUAAAUGGCACGUUUGAUGACCAAUUACAACAAUGUAAAGAAAAAUUCGACACAGAAAGAAAUAUUUAUGCAUAUCAUCUUUUACAAAACUCUAUGCCUAAGUUAAAAGGCUUUAUUGAUGGUGCUACUCGUAUAGAUGAAAAUAAUACCACUUCUUCCGUAAGCCUAUCACAAUGGGGUGCUUAUAGCAGACAAAAUUUGGAAAUUAUUCUAAAUUCUUAUACCUCAGAUGACAUCCAUAAAUUAGUCAAAACGCUUUAUAAUCAUAUGAUGGAAGAUAUUACUAUACAGCAACCUGAAGCAAUUCAUAUAUCAUUAAAAGACAAAGUGUGGUCCACUUUACAAGGCCAGACCGUAUCAUUGUGUUUGAAAUUGUACACUUUGGUUGAUAAACAUUACCGUGGUCUUCAAAUUAGAUUUAACAAGAAUAAUAUUAUUAGCUCUUUUGAACAGUAUAAGGAGUAA